UGUUUGUGUCAGUCCUGAUUUAACGGUAAUUAAAUAAUCCAAGGGUAAAACUCUUGGGAAUUCGUUCCUCGGGUUGAGCGGUUUUGUAUACAUCACCCAUUCCUUUGAAUUUCGGAUCCACUGCUACAUCCCUGUUUCUCUAAAAUAGAUGGGAAAUGUCCAUCCACGAAUUCUACCAGACGUGAAAUUAUAUGAAAGACAAGAACUUCUGAGUUCACGCCGUAAAUAAUAUGAUCCUGCACGUUCUACAAACCCCACCCAUAGCUAGUUGAGAAGUGUGUUAAUAGAUGACAUAAGGGGCAGUGUCUGUGUAUCUAAAUGGUCCACCAUAGGACUUUGAAUUUUGCUGUUGUCCUGAGACAUGUGUGUUUACGGGUUGGAAUCAGUUCCUGAAAAAGUUUUUCUUCUUCUUUGAUUUUGUGUGGAGAGUGCAGUCGCCGAGUACCAAGUUUCCUCUGUUCUGCAUCACCAUAUUUCAUCGUCAGGGCGGCUAUAACUGACGUCAACGACAUUUUUACGAUCUCAAAUUAUCCAGGCCAAAUGAGUUCUUAUUUUGUAAAUUCUCUAUCAGCAUGUUACGGUCAAACUAUGGGAAUCGAUUGUUCAGAUGGAAGUUUUCAUAGAAAUGGAAAUUACCAACACACGGGUGCUUUCUAUCCUGGAUUUCCUAGUGCAAGAUACCCAUAUCCAUCAAAAGAGGAACGACUGGACGAUAACGAUUAUUAUGGAGGUCCCAGGCUCAGUCAUUUACCCCCAUCAAGCCCAUGUGGCUCCCCACACAGCCUUAACACGGGGACGCCUAAUUUACAAAAUGUGCACCCGAUGCACGAACGACCCUCGUGUAAUAUCCGGACUGGCUCCAGUAACAAUUCAUACUAUCACAAUGGACACAUUGGAGAGAGGAGUCGCUCCUCACCCUCUCAACAACCCCCCUCAACCUCACCCUCUUCCCAGCAGCCCCCAGGUCAGGGCUCUGGGCCAACUUCCCCCACCUCUCCUCGGUCUCACUCGGACCAGCAGUAUAACAGCCCGCAGAUUUAUCCCUGGAUGAGGAGAAUGCAGUACACGCAAGAAGGAAACGAUGGGGAAUCGAAACGAUCCAGGACGUCAUAUACACGUCAUCAGACACUUGAAUUGGAGAAAGAAUUUCACUACAACAAGUACCUCACAAGGAGACGAAGAAUUGAGAUUGCGCAUGCGCUUAACCUUACAGAGAGACAGAUAAAAAUAUGGUUUCAAAAUAGACGUAUGAAGUGGAAAAAAGAACAUAAACUUUCACAUAUAGCGAAAAAUAUGAAUUUUUGUAACGCUUUGGAAAAGGCCGCUGCUGAACAUGCGCAUGAUAACAAAAUGGCACUGUGAAAUGUCGGACCUCACAAAUUUAAUUUGACAAUUCCGACAAUCGGUUUGAAUCCACACAAGUAGUUGGAUCUUACCAAUUCAGCCAAAGAAAAGUCUGCUGUCACGCCAUCACUCCCUAAGACGGCCUCGGUUGUGAUGAAAUCAAAAGAACGAGAAUAAGAAUACUCUACAAAAGACUCGGUUUAUAAACCAGGGUAAAUUAAACCACAUGCUUGUUUUUCGCCAUAUAUACAUAUUUGUAUCUUUCUUUUUAAUUACAUGUUUGAAACUUUUGAAGUUCGUGCGAGAGGAUUCAAAUCUUCUGUGAAUGUAGUUUUGUGAUAUAUUGUGAAUACAAGAAGAAUGUCCGCAUAAUUUUAUUGGCAAUUUAUUACUGCGCUUUUUCUAUCUUGUUUAUAUAUAUAUUUAAAAGAAAGGGGAAAAAAGUUAAAAACUUCAACUUUAAAGAUUCGACACAUUGGGCUUACUAAAGGAUCGCCUGAAUUCCAUUGUGAAUAGGACUGUUGCGAAAUAAACAUUGUGUCGAGAAUAUAUUAUUGAUCAUUUCUUGAACGAACUGAUCGACUGAUACCUCAAUAAUCAAGCUAAACAUAUCAAUAGUUCAUUUUUGUUUUUUUACUUCUUUCUCGAGUCACUUUGAUUAUGAUUUAGACUGCCAAAGUAGAUUUAUUAUAUUAUUUGAAAUAAAAUGCAUU